AUGAGAAUCCCCCGCCGAUCCAGGACGUUCGAUUCUUUGCCCGAGCGCACCCUCGUGAGUGGCAAGGGCAAGGCCAACCCCAUUUCUCGUCUCUCGGAACGAAGCUUGGUCCGAAAGAUUGCGGGAUCACUGAGCGUUCAUGAAGACGAUGGCCUGGAAUCCGUCCAAUCCUUGUCGGGCAUGAGCGAAAGCGCCGCCACUCUUUCCUACGACACGGACAUGAGCAGUGACAGUUCUCGUUGUGGUAUUGUUGGCUGCCAUCCCGUGGAAGAGGAUUCCCCUUGCAGUCUUCCAUUGGGACUCUCUGCGACAGCAGCUCUGUUGCAUCGCAAAGAACUCGCCGUGGACGAGCUCCUGGGAGUGGGCACCUUUUCCCAAGUCUUUGCCCUUUCCUCGCUCAAACUCAAAAAGGCAUACCACGUCCUCGCUGCUCAGGAAGGCGACCCCGCAGCACGCCGACAGCUUCAACACACCAAGCCUGGUCAGUUAGUCGUCAAGCAUUUGAACCGAAGACUCCUCCAACGACCCAAGCAGUUCUUCCAAGCUGCCCUCCAUCUCGAACGGGAAGCCACCAUUCUCGGACAAGUCCAACAUCCCAACAUUGUCCAGCUUCGUGCCGUUGCCCUGGGAGGAACCACGGCACUUCAAAGUGGCCACUACAACGACUACUUUCUCGUCUUGGAUCGACUCCAAGGGACUCUCGAUGAACGCAUCGAGUACUGGAGGUCGUCGGGCAAUGACGCAUCCUGCUCUCGUGCCUUGUACGCCCAAAAGAUUCGCUAUUCCCUCCAGAUUGCCUCGGCCCUCCACUAUCUUCACUCCCACCGACUCAUCUACAGGGACGUCAAGGCUUCAAACUGUGGAUUCUUGCCCGACGGGACACUGCAACUCUUUGACUUUGGCUUUUGCCGUGCGCUCCCUCCCAGCUACAUGGGAUACCACAAUGACAACGACGACCAAGACAAUGAAACCUUUCACAUGUCACUGGCCGGUACCACACGCUACAUGGCUCCGGAAAUCUUGCAAGAAAAGACGUACAAUGCCAAGGCCGAUGUCUAUUCGUUUGCCAUGACGGUCUACGAAAUGAUGACACACGAAAAGCCCUAUGGUGAUAUUCGCGCCCACCACUUUUUCGAAUGCGUCUGCACCAACCAAGUUCGACCCAACUUGAAGAAGAACAAGCUACCGUUUGCAGCAGCAGCACUCCAGACACUCUUGGAGAAUGCCUGGUGUGCCAACGUUACCGAUCGAUGGUCCAUUGGGACUGUCAUGGAACGAUUGCGGGAUAUUCAAUGCACUCUGCAACAAGAACCCAGCAAUGGGUGUCAACGGGCAUCGUGCCAACGUUGCUCCAGCCCCAAGGCGGCUUGA